GCGCGGGAGCUUAUAGUUGAUGACGUAGAGCGCGCGGCCGCGAGUUGCUGCUGCAGGAGGCGAAGAUGGCGGAGUAUUUGGCGUCCAUUUUUGGUACAGAGAAAGACAAAGUCAAUUGUUCGUUCUACUUUAAAAUUGGGGCUUGUCGUCAUGGAGACCGGUGUUCCAGGUUGCACAAUAAGCCAACCUUCAGUCAGACCAUUGCCCUCUUGAACAUUUACCGUAACCCUCAAAACACUGCCCAGUCUGCUGAUGGUUUACGCUGUGCUGUAAGCGAUGUGGAAAUGCAAGAGCAUUACGAUGAAUUCUUUGAGGAGGUCUUCACGGAGAUGGAAGAAAAGUACGGUGAAGUGGAAGAAAUGAAUGUGUGUGACAAUCUGGGAGAUCACCUGGUUGGAAAUGUGUAUGUGAAGUUCCGUCGAGAGGAAGAUGCUGAGAAGGCUGUAAUGGAUUUAAACAAUCGGUGGUUCAAUGGGCAGCCGAUACACGCAGAGCUUUCACCUGUGACUGACUUCAGGGAAGCCUGCUGUCGCCAGUAUGAGAUGGGAGAGUGCACUCGAGGAGGAUUCUGUAACUUCAUGCACCUCAAGCCCAUUUCCCGAGAACUCCGUCGGGAGCUGUAUGGCCGUCGCCGGAAAAGGUAGGAGUCCAUGUCCUUCCUGU